AUGCCUUUCAGGAAACAUCGGAGCGAGCCUCCCUUACCCACAGAACAACCUUUGACUCGGCAGGCACUGCAACUGCGGAUUCGCAUUAUAGAGCAGUUCCAUCUGCUUUGUGCAAUUGUCGGCCGUUGGUUGUUGCCACUUUACGGCAUUGGCACCGCUCAGCUCUCUGAACUGCUGCUCAUCAACAUUGGCACUGCUGCUGACAUCCUCGACCUCUUCGAGGCCUUCAACGAGGAAGCUGUUAUCAAAAAUGUCCCCCUACAGGUCAGCAUCCUUUGUCUAUGGCAAGCCAGCGUAUUGCAGUUCUGCUUCAAUAAGACCGCCAGACUUGAGAUCAGCAGGCCGCCGACCAUCGCAGAGCAUCCACAAAAGCCCAGCAGUCCAGAUAGUGAUCAGCAUAGCCCUUUGCAGGCAUCUGCAAAAGAAGGCGCCAACCAAAACUUUUGCACGAUAAGCUCCACAAAAAAGGAAAUCCCUCCAUCAAGCCCUAUGGAUGAAACGGAAUCACAGCUGCAGAGCCCUACAGAUAACGUCAUACGGCAUUCAGGCUCUCUACAUGAAACGGAAUCGCAGGAUUCAAAAAAGGAGAUCCCGCAAUCAAGCUCCCUACAUGAAACGGAAUCGCAGGAAAAAGGCAGUGAGUCGACCGAUGGAGGCUGCUUUUGCGGUCGUUUUUGUCGUAAGAGCUUUAUACAAGAUGACCAAUGUCGCUUCGUCCUCUUCGGGACGGAGUUAUGGGUAAUUAUUAUGACACUAAUGCUCCAGGAUGUGCCCUUCAUGUUUCUGCGACUCAUGCUGAUUUUCGCCUUUGCUGUGCAGAGUUAUCAGAACAUCUUUUUCUCUGUCAAGAACCUGAUCAUCAUUGUGGCCGAGGUCUAUCGGUCGUUGGCCCUGCUGCAAACUUACGGUCCUAAUCACAAGCUAAUGGACUGGAAUCACCUCUUUUUCCGCCUACGCUGA